AAGGGACUGGACUGGGCGGAAGAAGUCGAGCCCAAGAUAUUUCCGGUUCCGGUGUCAGCUCGAGGCGCCGCCGCCGCAGCCGCUGGAGCCGCGAUGCCUAAAGGAGGGAGAAAGGGAGGCCACAAAGGCCGGGCAAGGCAGUACACAAGCCCUGAGGAAAUUGACGCACAGCUCCAGGCCGAAAAGCAGAAGGCCAGGGAAGAAGAGGAACAAGAAGAAGGUGGAGAUGGGGCUGCAGGAGACCCCAAAAAAGAGAAGAAAUCUCUAGACUCAGAUGAGAGUGAGGAUGAGGAAGAUGACUACCAGCAAAAGCGCAAAGGUGUGGAAGGGCUUAUCGACAUCGAGAACCCCAACCGGGUGGCACAGACAACCAAAAAGGUCACACAACUGGAUCUGGACGGGCCAAAGGAGCUUUCAAGGAGAGAACGAGAAGAAAUUGAGAAGCAGAAAGCAAAAGAACGUUACAUGAAGAUGCAUUUAGCUGGGAAGACAGAACAAGCCAAGGCGGACCUUGCCCGGCUGGCGAUCAUCCGGAAACAGCGGGAGGAAGCUGCCAGGAAGAAAGAAGAGGAAAGGAAAGCAAAAGAUGAUGCCACAUUGUCAGGAAAACGAAUGCAGUCGCUCUCCCUGAAUAAAUAAACGUGACCCGUGGGAGGAGAUGCCAGGGAACUGGGCCGCGCCGCCAGGACCUCUGCUGUGUCUCGCUCACCCUGUGCCCUGGUGCCGCUGCAGCAGCCCCUCAAGGCCAGGAGCCCCCACAGCAUGGGGCCUCCUUUUCAUCUUGGCACAGAAAUUGGGGGGAUGUGGGGGGGGCUGGGGGAGGGGCAGCUGCUAUCUUUGAGACAGAAAGAUGCAGGACAGCAUUUCGUAUGUAACCAUUUGAAUGUUUUUGCCGUUUUUAGAAUUCAGAACCCUUGUUGGGGGGUGCCUGGGAGGUGGGGUAAGAAGAGCUUCCAUUUGUCUGGUAGAUUGCACGUUAGUGGGCGGUUGUGCCAGGAGGCGGCUGCUAAGAAGUUACAGACAACCAGCCCUGUCUGUGUGGCCUGGGUGCUCAUUCAGAGAGGGGCUGUCAUCUGGGAGCCUGUGCCUCUGGGUCCCUGAGGGUCAUAGCUUGUCCCUGGCCAGUCCCCUCUUUCUGAGGCUUCUCUCUGCCCUUCUCCACCCCAUUCCUACCUACCCGGCCAGGGCUUGGGCCCAUUUUUAACCCUACCCGUUGAUCAUUUCAAUAACCUCUGUUGACUUUGCAGCACCCAGGCAAAACAUGCUCCACAAAUUCAACUUGUAUAUUUGGCAGAUUAAACUUGACAUUAUCAUAA